AUGUCCAAGAAAAAUCAGCCGGCAGACCUGGGUCUCCUUGAGGAAGAAGAGUUGGAGGAGUUCCCUGCCGAAGACUGGGCUGGUUUAGAUGAAGAUGCAGAUGUCUCAGAGGACUGGGAUGACAGUGUGGAGGAUGACUUCUCCAAUCAGCUGCAAGCUGAGCUGGAGAAGCAAGUUUUUAAGAUGGAGACUUCAUAACCCCAGAAGAAGUGUUGAAGUAACCUGAAUGAACUGUUGACUUAACUCGAGAAUGGAGAUCCCAGGAUGGAAUACUUAAAAAAAAUGUUUAUU